AUGACCAGGAAAAUACAAAACCCAGUUGUGGAUGAUACCAAGAGCAGAAAGAGGAUUCUGAAACCAGCUGUGGAAAAGAAGAGAAGAGAUCGAAUAAAUAAAAGUCUUGCAGAACUGAGAACUAUGUUGUUGAAAUAUACAGCCGAUCCACGGCUGCAGAAUCCUAAAAUAGAGAAAGCAGAGAUUCUGGACUUGGUUGUGGAUUAUCUUCAGAAAUGGACAGAUGGGAAGAACUUGAGCAAUGAGUCCAGUCCUCCUUCUCACCUCAACAUUGAGAGUGCAGGUUUUCAGCAGUGUGUGGCUCAGCUGGCCAGCUACAUGCACAAGAUCACACCUGCACAGAGGACGAGCCUGAUCGAGGGACUUAAACAUCAUAAUGAGAACCAGCAGCCGAGCAACACAAGCUCAGGACAGGACUCUUCAUCCUCCUCAGUCAUCUGCACAUCUGAGAGCAAAGAAGGGUCCCACAGGUCACUGUUCCUGUCUCACUCCCCCCCUCAGCCUCAGUCUUGCUCCACACCGUGCCACGACACCCUCUCCCCUCCCGCCUCCCCCUGGUUCUCCCCCUCUUUUUCCACAUACUCUCCUCCGUUCCCAUCAUUUGCCUGUCACUUCUCCUUCCCCUCCUGCCUGUCACCUCCUUCUUCCAACACCUCUUUCUCCACACUUCCACAGUCCCUGCACACCCUGCCCGCUCCUGUUGUUUUCUCACCCACGGUCACCCACUUCCCCUCACUCACCACACUGAGACCCCCCCCACACCCCCUCCCCUUUGCGCUGAAGAAGCCGGUGCGAGUGCCAUUAGGCCUACUUAUGAGGCGACCAUUGUUCUUUGUCAGAGAAAUGAGAGGGCAGGCACGUCAUUUGGAGCUUGAUUCUCCCCACAGUCCCUCUGCAUGUUUUGAUCACUCUAUGAAAGCAGAGAAGGUCCCUCACGCCAGGGAGAAAGAGAUCACCUCUUUGGAGUGA